AAUCAAUCUUCACUUGAUAUACCCAGUUCUCUAUUCACUUACCACUUUCAGAAGCACACAUAGACACCAUGGACGGCGGCUACAACAAUUACAGCAGCACCUACAGCGGCGGAGGCGGAGGUGGCGGCUUCAUGCCUGGCGAGAUGAACAACAGCCCAUCCGGAGGAAAGUCCGACUACGCCAACCAGACCCUCCGCCCGAUAACCAUCAAACAAGCACUCGACGCAGUCCAACCAUACCCCGAAGCGCCGUACCAGAUCGACUCAGCCGAAAUCUCCAGUAUCUGCUUCAUCGGCCAAGUGCGCAACAUCAGCUCUCAAAGCACAAACGUCACAUACAAGAUCGACGACGGCACAGGCGAGAUCGAGGCGAAGCAAUGGAUCGACUCCAUGACAGCCGACACUACGGACACGGACGACGCCGCCAAUCCCAAAGCUGCCCGCGGAAGGGACGGGAAAGUAGAGUUGAAUGGCUACGCGAAGGUGUUUGGGAAGUUGAAGUCGUUUGGGAAUAAGCGGUUUGUGGGUGCGCAUUGCGUGCGGCCGGUUCAGAAUCUGGAUGAGGUGCAUUGUCAUCUUCUUGAGGCGAGUGCUGUGCAUUUGUUCUUUACGAGGGGGGCGCCGGGUGCGGGUGCUGGUGCUGGUGGUGGGGGUGUGAAGGGGGAUGCGGCGAUGGGGGGUACGGGAGAUGAGUAUGGUGCUGGGGCUGGUGGUGUAGGGAAGAAUCUGCCUCCGAUGAGUCCUGUCGCGAAGAGAGUGUAUCAAUUGUUGAGGACGGAGCCGCAGAGUAAUGAGGGAUUGCAUGCGCAGUUGAUUGCGGCGAAGCUGAGUUUGCCCAUGCCGGAUGUGGCCAGGGCUGGGGAUGAGUUGCUCACUGCGGGUGUGAUCUUUUCGACGGUGGAUGAGCAGACGUGGGCGAUUUUGGAGUUUUAAGUUAAUGGUUUUCUUUCUUCUUGUGUGGGUGGGUGAAAAUAAUUUGAUAUGAUUAUGGCAUUUAUUAUUGCAUGAAUUUUGAGGAUUGUUACUACUUA